UAAACUUGCACUAUUUUGACAUUUAUUUAAUUGUAAAGUGGAAAAUAGUCCCCCAGGAUAACGUCUUGAACUAAUAAUAAUGGACGUCGGAAAACAUCAAGAUUCCGGCACCUUGUCGGAGAAGAUAAUCCAAAUAGCUGCCGGAGAAUCUCACACUCUCGCGCUUACAGGUGAUGGGAGUGUGUAUUCGUGGGGGAGAGGGAUGUUUGGCAGGCUUGGCACGGGUAGUGAGGAAGAUAAGCUAACCCCAACUCGAGUAAAUUUUGAUUUGGACAAGGUCAAGAUUGUUGGAAUUGCUGCCGGUUCUUAUCAUAGUUUAGCACUUGCAGAUAAUGGAUCAGUUUGGAGUUGGGGUUACAACAGCUAUGGCCAACUAGGCUAUGAAGGAGAAAAUUCUUCUCUCCCACAUUUGGUUGAGGGGUUCCAUGAUUUGGAGUCCCCUGAUUCCAUAACAGAUAGGUCGAAAACAAAGACUACACCAUCAUUGAAGAUUUCUUCCGUCAAAGCUGGAGGAAUGAUGUCACUUGCUAUUGACAAUCUCGGGGCUCUGUGGAUGUGGGGCAAUUGCCCCCAGAACAUAUUAGGUAGUGAGGCAGAAGCCUUGCCUUCCAGCAGUUCCACCCCUCUACGUGUCCGAGAAUUUCGUGGCCAUACUGUUGUUAAGGUUGCAUGUGGAAAUGAGCACAUUGUUGCCCUAGUCGGUGCCUGCGAAACACCCAAUGAUGGCGAUCUUAUAUGUUAUUCUUGGGGCAUCAAUCGUCAAGGUCAGCUGGGUUUGGGAGAUAAAGAGACUAGGUUAAGUCCAGAAGUAAUUGGAAGCUUUAAUAAUAUUGAAUCUUCCUGGGCAGUUUAUGAUGUAGCAUGUGGGGGGUCUCACACUGCUGUGCUUGCUUGUAAUAAGGGCUCACCUGACAGAUCAGAAAGUGUGUGCUUUACGUUUGGCCUAGGGGAUAAUGGGCAACUGGGUCAAGGAACCACCCAAGGUGUUUUAUAUCCUAAACCUGUAAAAGUUUUGCCAAAAAAUGUUUUCCUGAUUUCUGUUGAUUGUGGCUUAUUCCACACCAGUGUGGUUUCAUCUGCCGGGGAUGUCUGGUCAUGGGGAAUGGAGAAAGGCUAUGGCUUAUGCCCUGAUUUCAGUUUUACCAGCACUGAUGCAGGAGAUGCUCUUUAUCCGCGGUUAAUUUCAUGUACUGAGCCGUAUGGGCCAAGAUUUCCAGAACCUGUCCAGAUUGUCUGCGGAGCUGCUCAUACUAUUCUUGCUGCUGCUGGUGGAUAUAAACUUUGGUCAUGGGGAAGAGGACAGAGUGGCCUUCUUGGAAAUGGCAAAACAAUGAAUUGUAUGGAUCCAAGUACUGUAUUGUGGCCACCACUGACCAAUCAUGACAAGGAAGAGAUACCAGACAACAGCAGUGGAGAUAAACAGAGUAUACUAAAAGAGCAAGAUGACACCGAGGAUAAACAAAGACUGUCUGCAGCAUUGGGGGAGAUGAAGCUCCUCCAAACGAAACUCUCUACAAUGGAAAGGUAUACAAGCAUACUGCACGGUUCAGUUUUUGGUAAACCAUUUCGGGAACAAGAUAUUCCCAUUACAUUGCAGAACACGGGUACCUUUGACCUUGCAAGAGAAUGGGAGAACAUGCUGGAGUCUUCAGAUCAUGCAAAGCUAGCUCGCUUGGAGGUUUUCUACAGAAGCAUGCUUUCAGACAUCAAAGACAAGCUGAUGAAGAAAAGAAUAAAGGAGAUAAUUAAGGAGUGUCUAGAUGAAAGAAGAUAAUUUUGAAUGAUGGCCAGCUGAGGUGCUCUAUACUAGUAAGCAAGCUAAAUAAAAAUUUGUGUGAUAAGUUCAUAGCAAUAUAUUGGCAAUCUUUACCCUUCUGGAUGAGUGCUUACGCGUUAUCAAAAAUUAUCAUCAUAUCACGCCUUUGUGCCCGACUCGUUGACAUGAAGAAAAGAAAUGUUGUUAUAUGUU